GGCAGUGCGGACGGCCAGACCUUUCUGGAGCGGCGGCCCGCCUUCCUGGAGUUCUGCGACGCGGGGCCGCGCCGCCCGAUGCGCUCGCCCGCGCAGGUGGGCGAUGCCCUCGUGGACUACAUGAACGCGUUGUUCUUCAGCGGCCACGAGUCGUCGAAGGGCGACCAGGCGAUGGCGGGCCUGAUGUACAGGUUCCCAGAGUACUCGACGCAGGGCGAGUCCAAGACGCCGCGAGCUUGGCGUUGCCUGCGGGGCUGGCGCAAGCUGGCGCCUGGGCGCAGCCGCCGGGCCUGGCCGUUGGCCCUCUGGUACGGGCUGGCUUGGCGCAUGGUGGCGCGUGGGGCGCUACAGAUGGCCAUCUUCCUGCUCGCCAUGGUCUCGGGCUACUUCCGACCCAGCCACCUGCUCUCCUUGACGCGCGGCAAUUUCAUCACGCCUGCGGGUCUGGCAGACGUCGUGGUGAUGCUGGACAGCGGCUGGUUUCAGUGUACCACGCCCAUCUUCCGCGAGCUCGCGCAAGGGAUUCCAGAGGAAGAGGUGUGGGACUUCAGUUACUUUCAGUUCCUGAAGAUGUUUCGGAUGGCGCUGCAAGACCUGGGUUCGUGGAGCUUGCUGCCGGCCUCCCUGCGCGACACUCUGAACGAUUGCGAAAGUCGGCUCGAGGACAUUCUGCUCGGAAAAGGUGCAGGGGUGAUUACCCAGUGA